AUUUUGGUUUAAACCAUUUUUCUUCUUUUUUCUGUAUUUGCUUGUCAAAUAUUUUCGUGGACGUAAUACGCUUAAUCUUUGGUUAAAACCCCCUUUUUUGUGUUUGUUUUUGCUUUUCAAUUUUUUUUUCUCAGGAAAAUGUUCCCCCCCCCUUUGAAAAAUCCUGGAUCCGCCCCUAAUGAAUUUACCUGUUAUUGUAGAUCGUUCAUUCAUAUUUUUAUUAAAAUGCCAAUCACAUCGUGAGUAAUUUCUCCUCUGAAAUUUACCUGGUUCAUAAUAUAUAUAGUUUUACAAAACUAUAAUAUGCAUCGCGCUCUCCCACUUAUCUGGGUUCGACACCAAACGAUUAUAUAUAAGUGGAGUCCUAAAUUUACAAACAUGGCCAUAAAAGGGUUCGCGCCAACUUGAUACCCCAAACUGGUAAACGUCGACCGUUUUAGCGUCAAAUUUACAGCCAUUAUUUUUUUCUAUUUAGUAUUUUUUCUUGUCAAAUUUUUGAGGAGACAAAUGCAUGUCGAAACAAAUUUAGUGUCUCCCUUUUUUGUUGACAUGAACUUUCUUUUUACAAAGUUACCCCCUCCCCUUAAAAUAACGGAUUAAACAUAUAUAACAUAUGAUUCGAACAUAACAAUACAAUCAUGUGACCAAACGUGUUUGGAAUCCUGAUAAAGAGAAAUGCCUCUUUGAAUAAUCAAAAGGGAUUAACAUUUGCUGUCCCAAGGGAGUAGUUAUCAUGACAAUGUGGUUGGAAGGUCAAUAUCAUCGAUCUGUUUUACUUCUCAUCUGAAAUUGAAUAAUAAACAAACAGUACUAAUUGACUGAUCGUACAAUGACAGUCCUUCAUUGGCAUAUACAUUGUGGGCUUUAUAGGGACACUGGACACCCAAAGUUCCAUGACCAAGACAAACAAAAGAAAUAUAAGGCGAAACAGAAAGUAAGUGAAAAGGAAUAGGAUUACAUACUUAUUAUUUUGUAACAUUACGUCAUGGUAUAUUACAAAAUUAGAUAUUUAUUUUUUAAAAUAUCAACAUUUUUUGUGGUGUAAAUUGGGUCGUUGACACCAUUGCAAUCCUGUAUGGUCCCAUAUAUCACAUGUAAUUCUGAAUUCAAUAAAAUAAUAAGAGCUUGUAUGUCGAAGUAGAUAUUAGAACUAUUUUAUCAAACAAAUCAUCUUUCUAUGAUAAUUCUUCACUUUUCCCCCAUUAUUAUCAAAUGUACGAUGGUACACCAUAAGUACAGAAUGUAGGUGAAAGUUUUAGGUCUUUAUUUGGUGUUAAUUUUAUUGUACCUGUAAUUCAAACUGUUACUGAUAUGCUUGUUUGAAAUACAAGGGAUUACUUUAUCCGACGCGAUAAUAAACUUUCAUCUUUUAUUUCACAACACAUCUACCAACAACAAAGAAAGACCAUGCAGUGACCAUCACAAGUGCAUGAAGACACGAUCGAUCAUUAAUCUUACAGGGCAUGUAUGGAGUGCCUAGUUGAUGAAUUUGGUGCAUGGCCGGCAUGCAAAACCUCAUAUUAAGAUGAUCGAUCCGGGUGAGAUUAAGGCGAGUUAAAAUCCGGCAUCUUUAAAGAACAAACAUCAGGAGCUGAACAGUACUGACACGACGUCGAAUUUCAUAAGAAGAAUGGAGGAAUAAUCAAUUUUAUUCAUCAAACAGUUCUGCAAGCUCGCUGUCUGUUCAUCGUUAAAUAUAAAUCUAUGCUUAGAUGAAGUUCAAUUCCCCUGGUGCUUCUCAAUUUCUGCCCAUUGCCAAGCAAUUAAACCUGAUGCUUAUAAAUAAACAAGAAUUAUUUUGCAACGAAUCUCUCGAAAUGGCUGGCAUAGGGAAUGGAAGCUUCACAUGAUCACAUCGAUCUUUAUCCAAUUAUGAAAAAUGGAAUUGAAUUUGAUAUGAAUUCCUUCUCAUUAAUUCCAUCCCCGUAAAGUUCAAGCGUGAUACCAUUACCAUAGCAACGGGAUAUAAUGUAUCACAUUCAUGGUAGAUCAUCCAAUUACAACUUCAUCAAUGCCAGUGUAUAUCCAUGGAAUAAAAAAGACUGGACUGAAAUUGAUUAGCCAGGGUGCAGGAUAGUCUCUCUCGCCUGAGCCUCGUUGGUUUCUUGUUUCGGAUGAGCACUCUGUAUUCCGAAGUCCAAGCUAAUUAAGCAAAUUACAUUUUGGCACAACCGUGAAGUACAGGCCGGGAAAGUCAUGAUAUAUUGAACAAAACCUAUAUGCUGAUGAAUCGGAGAGUUAUUUAGAAUUUAGCCACCACGGGAGUGAAUAUAAAAAUGACAUUAUUAUUUGAGCUCUAUAUAUAUAUAAAAGGAAAUGAGAAAAUAUACGGGAAAAGCUGUUCAUACUUUUACGCGCGGAAGAUGAGUAUCCAUCGGAGAAGAAUCCUGGAUAAUGGACUCGUAAGAUCAUAAUUUUUGAAUAUUUUGAAAGAAUACAAAUUUGUUUCAUUCGUCGAACGUGACAUUUUUACGUGAAAAUGGAUGAAAUGCGAUCGAAUACUUCCACUUCGAGUGGGAGAUCGAUUGGGACGUCGAUGUCGAAGAAAAACCAACAGAAACUCUCCUUGGAGAUCACCUGGAAGAGCCUCGAUCAGGAGCGUCAGCACUUCUUGAAGCUGAUGGCGCUGAACGAAAAACUCCUCCGGAACAGACAGGAGAAGAGAGACAACCGAAUAGCCCAUCUGCAGUCACAUCUUACCGCACCGCAGAUUGCCGAGAUAGAAACCAUCAGGAAAAAGAAGAAAGAACCAAAGAGGUUGGCUGCAGCGGAAAGGAGCAGUCUCGAGGAAGCUGAUGUUGAAAGUCCGAGGGGAAUCGACUCGCCAGACGGGGUAAGUGGCGGGAAGGAUGCUCCGUCUUGUAGAACAAUCCAAUCUUUAACUAAUGAUACGCUAGGUGGAAGAUCGAGAUCCUUUUAUGGACACGAGCGGAGUACAGACAGUCGAGUGGCAUCUGACAGUAAAUGCGAUACGCCGUUGGAGGUUGUGAAUAACCCGAAAGAGAAAAGUGUAACUUUCUUGAAAGAAAGGACUUCUCAAAGUGCACCGAAGAUCAGAGAAAAGUCUUUCACAGAUACACCCUUAAGAACACACCCACCAACAAGGUCUUUGUUGAAACCCAAUAAAUCUGCAUUGACAAGGAGUACACCCAAUUUAGACCAGGUUGGUAUAAAACCUACUUUGAACAUGUCGACGGUUCCAUCUCGGAUGCGAGCAUCGUCCUCGUCGUCGUCGCCAUCCACGUUCUCUUGUCAUGAAGAAAGCAAACGAGAAAUGGAGAGAAGACGUUCCCGAAGUGUCGGCAGCUCCGAUCGCAGUAGGACACCUUUAUCCCCUGGACACCAGGCUAGCUCUAGUGUGUUCCGUGAUGCCAUGGAUGCCAUCAAAAAAGAACGAACGAGGACGGAUAUGAGAAACCUCAUGGUUAUUGAAAACGGGCUGCAAUUGAUGCACCUUCAGCGCCGCAAAGAUGAACUUAUAGCUGAAAUAGGAGAAAUGGUCAAACGCGAUCGGGACUUUGCUCAGAGACAGCAAGUCUUUCGCCCGCCCAGCCCGAAGAAGAAAGUCACGCUGACGUCGCUUACGCAGGCGGAACUCAUAAACGCCGCAUCCCAGGGUGCCGACAUCAACGACCUCCGCAAGGAGAUACGACGUCGAAAGAACGAGCGUAUGAGGGAGCGAAUGAAGAUGGACAUACCUGCUGAUCAGCUGAAGAGGAAAGAUCACGAAACCGAAGAUGAAUACGCCAAGAGAAUCGAGAAAUGGUGGCGAGAUAUGAGGAAAGUCAGAUAUCUGAGACGGGCUUCGACGAAACAAGACUUCAGCGAUGUCGUCACACUGGCCAUGGCUCAGAAAAAUAAUGACAAUAUCUGGAGACAGAGCCUGAGAGAUAAUUUGUUUUAGUAAAUAUCACUUAAUGGUCAGUGUUAAUUGGUUAUGUGAUAAUGAAUAUUUAUGACCGCUUGCUCUGGCACCAGUUGGUCUAGUAUUGGGACCCGUUUCAUAAAAUUUACUAUCAUAGCAAUGCCAUCCACCCUUUUGGUUAUGAUAAUAUAUAGGCCUACGGUGUAUUUUUUUAUGUUGCCGUGUAGUCAUAAGCGCAUAAUUAUAAUGAUAUC